AUGUCUGAUUUGAGGGAAAUGUUUCCUCGCCUAAGUCUGUUUGAAGAUGAGAGUCUGUUAGCUAAGUUGCAAGUUUUAGGACCUGAGUUGGUUUUCGAGAGUGAUGACAAAGUUAGGUUCAUUCGGGAUCGUCUUAAGGCGGCUUCUGAUAGAUAUAAGUCUUAUGCAGAUUUGAAAAGGAGGGAUAUCGAGUACUCUGUGGGUGACUUUAUCUUUUUUAAGGUAGAGUUACCUCCAGAGUUAGACCGUAUCCAUGACGUAUUACACGUCUCUAUGUUAAGAUGGUAUCGGUCUGAUCUAUCUCACGUUGUUUCUGUUGAGGAGAUCGAGUUUAGAUCGGAUUUGACAUUUGAAGAGGAGCUGAUUCAUAUUUUGGGUCAAGAUGUAAAAGUUCUAAGGAGGAAGUCUAUUCCGUUAGUUAAGGUUUUGUGGCAGAAUCAUGGCAUUGAGGAAGCCACGUGGGAACUAGAGGACUUGAUGCAUUAA